AUGGCUUUACGACAGUUAUACCUCGGAUACAAGCGCGACACUAAUCUGCUUCUUUCCUGGAUGAGGGACAAUACCAACAGCGUCAUAAACUCUAGUGACGCUUUCACUCAGGAGAUUUACAAAUUGACUCAUUUCCGAGUUAAAGACUUGCUAUUAAUGGCUAGCCUUAUCGUGGCCGGGGCUACCCCAUGCAAUUCGCCAAGAAAGCCAGUCAAGGGCCCCGGGGCUCAAGCCACUCAGUUCAAGAAGGUUGCUGAGGUUGUCGAGGACUUCAUUUUUUACAACAUGUUCAGCGCCCUGGAUCUCGGUGAAGAUGAACAGACGAGUGAACCAGAAUCUGAGAGUGGCAAUGAGAGCCAGAGUGUCAGCCAAAACAAGAAGAAAAGAUUCGACAAAGGAAAGAAGAACAAGAAGGGAAAGGCCAAGAGAAAAGGAUCGAAGAGAGCCCACGCAUCAGACUCUGACAAGGAAGCACCUCUCGAAUGCUUUCGCAUCCUCGAAGCUGACGAAGAUCUCAUGGAUGAAUACAGCAUGGCCGUCAGUGCCUUCAGGUCGGAGUGGUGUGAUAUGCGAACGUACCUCCAGGACAUCUGGGAAGGCGUCGCAUAUCAUGACCUUAACAGCGCAGUAGCAGGGGCUGUGUCAAAGGUAGCCAUUGCUAAGGUCAGAAAGACAGAACUGGCCAUAUUUGUCGACUUUCCUGGGAACGACUGUUACCAUAACAUCAUCCAAGCCUUCGAUCGAAGCAUAUUGAAGCAGACAUCAGGGCCAGACACCGUCGCCGAUGGUCGUGAUAAUGUUGGCAAGGGACACAACGGUGAUAUUCGAGAGCAACUGCUCCUCCAUACGUAUCAAGAUCUGCUCGAUUUUAUCAAGGACUUCCAAAAGAACCGGACAGGAAGGCCAACCAAAGCCAUGCAAGCCAAAAUCAAAAACUGGGACGUCGACUUUUCAGUCGAGUCUGCUACCUCAGAGGAGAGGAUCUUGUGGCGUCGAUCAUUCACUAUAAACUGGCUUUUUGACCUGGUGAAUGUCUUUUCACUGCCCGUCAUCCAGAGCCUCAAGGGUAGCCACAAGUUUACGAGUCUUGAGAACAUCAACUGGAGUACGACUCAUGGCCAACAAAGCGAUAACCGUGGUCUCUUUGGACUUGAAGACUUUGCCUGCUUCGUCACCACUUUGGCCAUGCAGAAGCCAAGCACAGACAUCACAGGCAAGAUUCUUCCACAUCACGUCUUCCAGCUCCAGUGCAUCGUCGAUGCAACAGCAAUCUGGCGAGGCUGGUCUUUUGAUGAGCAUGGUAGCCAUCAAGUCAAAAGUCCAGCCGCCUCUUUUGUACCCACGGUGCAAGUCAAUUUCUUCAUUGGGAGGGAUGGCGCCAAUCAAGAUACAGGAUAUUGUCCUGUGUUUUCUACUCUGUGUGAAGAUGUUUUUGCAGAACACAAACCCGAAUACGCGAAUUUUGGAAAUUGCAGAUCGCUUUGGGAGCUUGGCGACGACUUUAUUCAUCUUCUGGGUGUCUCUCGCAUGGCUGAGGGGGCCAAGGAUCGACAUGAAAUUGCCUCUCGGUUUUCGCCCGUCAACUCCAACGGGUUGUGGGAUUAUUCACCAUACCUCUGUGGUGUUGGUCUUGUCGAAGGCCUUCAGCUUGCUUAUAGCACUUCAAUGGCGGCCUGGAAUCGAGUUCAUGAGCCAUUCACAUUCGUGCAUCUGCACAAUAUGCUGAAAGAGCGUGGAUCCAUCUUUGACGAUGGCAAAAUCCCGAAGGAUAAGUUUGCGAAGGGUUUACAAGACGUUUUCAAUAGGACGCUGGAGAACAAAUCGAAGAACAAAACGGAUGGGUAUGAUGGCGGCGAUUUGGAUAGCCUCGCAAGAUUCCGUGGGAAGUCUCAAUUGGUUCUGUAUCAGGAGGCCGAUUGGGAUCCCAGCCGCAUACCAGACAAGGUGCUUGAUCCUCGGUCUGCAAUUGGAAUAGUCCGCCUUAAUCAGGCAAGGCGACUCAGCUUAGAAACAGGCGAAGUUCACUUCGAGGAGACAGAACUAGUGCGCACUGCCAUGAAAAAGGGAAUGGGCGACGACUGGUUGGGUGUUUCUACCACUUUGGAGGAAGCAAUGAAAACGGCCAACAGGUGUCAUUUUCUCUUUCCACCAAAAGCAUUGGUUGUUGCAGAAGAACAAGAAGAUGACGGCACUGAGUGGAACAAUUUGAGAAUAUUUCUCGAGGAUCUGGAGGCCGCAAAGAUUGAUAUCUGCAACGACAUCGUCGGUUGCCGGCCAUUUUCCGGAUUGAACUACACUGAAAUCGCCUGGACGCUCAUGAGAAUGUUCAAAGAUAUCGAAGAUGAGCUGGAUGAACAAGGCGGACCCGAUUGGCGCUGUUCGCGCUGUUCGCAUGAUUCGGAAGAAGACAAGGCAAUCCAUAAUCGUCUCCAUCUUGCUCGCAGUGUCAUGGACUCGGCUCAAGGCAAUGAGGAGCGGCUUCCUGUCUUUGCAAAGCACUUCGACGAAUAUUUUUCUAUCUUGCCUGAGUACAUGUACUUCGCCAAAUAUGAGAACCCCCUACGGAUACUGGCUGAUAGGUCUGGUGAGAGCCUACCUCCCGACUUAGCAGGGGUUUGCCUGGUCAUGUAG